AUGAAACAGGUCAUAGCAAGCCCAGCUGAUCUUAUCAAGGUGAGGAGGAUGCAAGCAGAUAGCCGUAUGGUGAGCCAAGUUCAUCAACCUAGGUAUUCUAUUCAGGACAAAAUAGUUCAAGCUGAAGGAUUUAAAGGACUGUGGAAGGGUGUUUUUCUUAAUAUCCAAAGAGCCUUCUUAGUGAGCAUGGGAGAAUUAGCCUGUUAUGAUCAUGCUAAACAAUUUGUUAUUAAAAAUAGGAUAGCUGAGGAUAAUGUUUAUGCCCACACAUUAGCUUCCAUCAUGUCAGGUCUUGCGGCAACUUCUUUAAGUUGUCCAGCUGAUGUAGUGAAGACUAGAAUGAUGAAUCAAGCAGCUAAAAUGGAAAGUCAAUUCUUAUAUAGUAGCUCUUAUGAUUGCUUGGUAAAGACAGUUAAAGUUGAAGGAAUAAGAUAUAUAAGAGCACUGUGGAAAGGAUUCUUCCCUACAUGGGCAAGGCUUGGCCCAUGGCAAUUUGUCUUCUGGGUUUCCUAUGAGAAAUUUAGAAAAAUUGCAGGGCUCCCUUCUUUCUAA